GCAGUUGUCUAGGGGGUAGUUUAUCUCACAUGCUUUUCUGAUGCACGGAAGUUUAAAGGCCGACGCUAAGCCUUGAUCUAAUGUUAGCUUCGUAUCGUCCCAGCUAUAUUCCAGAAGCCUCUAGACAUGCAUUCAUAAUCAGCCUCGCCAUCGUCACCAAUUCCUUUACAUCUUAACACCUACACAUCUUACCUCCGCCGAUAUUACGACACAUCGGAAGCCUGUUCGAAGUGAUUAUAUAUUCCUAGUCUUCACCAUGGCCUCCUCAUCAAAUUCAGAAACUCCAGAAGAUACGUCCUUCAGUACCAUGGACGAAAAAGAUCCAACAUUAAUUGGUGUACAUUGCCAAUACGAAUACUGCAAUCAGCUAGAUUUCCUCCCGUUUCGCUGCGAAUCAUGUCGCGGAACGUUUUGUCUCGACCAUCGUACCGAAUCGAGUCAUCAUUGCUCAAAACCUGGAGAAUGGGCAGCCAGACGUCGGCUGGCCAAUCAAUCUAAACGUUCUUUGGGCGAAGGGAAAAUGAUGGCAGAUGUUGAAAAGCCAUGCGCAUCACCGAAUUGUAAGACGACAAUUGGAACGAGUUUAUCGACAGGUGUACAUUGUUCUAUAUGUAAUCGGGACUAUUGUCUCAAACAUCGAUUGGGAGAAGACCACGAUUGUAAAAACCUCGUACCAAUAGGUGCAAGAGUUGGCAGAUUCAAUGAACAGCAAACAAGUGCAAAAUUGGCCUUUGGAAAAUUAAGGGCUUGGGGAGCAGCACAAAAAGCAAAGGUCGCAUCAACUCGAGUUCUGCCUGAGCCGAAACCUUCAUCUGCAGCUGCAAGACUGGUAGCCGUCAACCAACUCAAAAAGACUGCAAAAGGGGACGCCAAGAUACCUCCGGAAAAGAGGGUAUAUAUAAACGUGGACGCGGAAGCCGCGACAACGACUGCGAAAUUUCCUACUGGUGCUUUCUUUUAUUCAAAAGAUUGGGUAAUGGGUCGAGUUUUGGAUGCAGCGGCGAAGGCACUUCAAGUAGAAAACGUCAAUAACCAAGGAACCGAUGAGAAGGAGAAGCUCAGAAUCUUUCAUGUGGAAGCCGGAAGACUUUUAGAAUUUAAUGAGAAGGUUGGAGAUGCUUUGGUUAGCGGCAAUCGUAUAGUAUUGCUCAGGGGAGUUGGACCUGCUGUGCCUGAUCUUAUUCAGGCAUAAUCUUCUUUUACAUAUGGGGUUACUAAUCUGGAGAACGGGAUUUAUGCGCGUUAUUUGGAUGAUACCAUGAUAUAACUUUCAGGAAUUGCGUAGGACGCAUAGGGUGGGAGUUAGGGUAUUCUGAGGCUUUGUAUAUUAGCGUUCAUUAGAACAUUAUAGACCACAGCAGUCCAUUUUGUAAUUCCAAAUCAUGACUUUUCUUCAACA